AUGAUUCACAGGCAUCAUCCCAAGUUCGAAAAGAAGACGGGCGUGAAGGCGCCGGAAUCUCCGAUGGAACGAUUACAACAACUUAUUCGACUGGAUGAGAAACGCAUAGAGAUGGUUUUUCGUAUGAGAGAGCAUCGGAGGAAGGUUGCAGAGGCGGUGGUGAACAUGACGACGACUGAGAAGCAGCAGAAGCGGCAGGUCCUCUCCCUCCCCUCAUCGGUACAACUGCAGUUGUACUCUGGAAGCUAUUCUUAUACAAAUUCCUACGUGACUACAUUUCGAGUAGGGACUCCACCUCAGAGGCUGUUGCUGAUUACAGACACAGGGAGCGCCCUCACUUGGGCUAACUGCAUCCAUAACUGUUCUGAUUGUAGCAGAAAACACCGUCGUCGUCGGAUCUUCGACGCCGAUAAGUCGACUUCCAUAAGAUCAAUCCCGUGCUCCUCAGAAAUGUGCCAGGUGGGUCUGCAAGAAUUCAAUGCCUACUACGAUUACUGUCCAAAGCGCAAAAGCCCAUGUUGGUAUGACAUGAGUUACUCAGGUGGUACAACAGUGAUAGGGUUCUUCGCGAAUGAAACAGUAACAGUAAAGCGCAGAAACAAAGGGCACACGAGAAUCCACCAAGUGUUGAUCGGAUGCACGGAUCCCACUGGAAACACCGAUUUCUCAGAGGCAGAUGGCAUAAUAGGGUUAGGAUACAGCCCUUACUCCUUCGCCUACAGGGCAGCCAUGCAAUUGGGUGGCAAAUUCUCAUACUCCUUGAUGGAUGUAUUGAGCAGCAGGAAUGUGUCCAAUUAUAUCGUGUUUGGAGAAGACAACAAGAAGAUGCAAAUGCAAUACACGGAGCUGGUGCUGGGCAAAGUGGGUACCCAUUACGCCCUGAACGUGCGUGGCAUCUCCGUCGGUGGUGUUAUGCUAGAUAUUCCACCGUAUGUAUGGGAUGUAGAGAUGGGAUAUGGAGCCAUUCUUGACUCCGGCACCAGCGCCUUCGCACUGCCGGAAAUGGCUUACCGCCCCAUUGUCGAUGCUCUCAAGGCAGCCCUCGAGGGCUACCCGCCGGUGACCGUCACAGGUCUGGAGUACUGUGUCAUUGUGGAUAACACUACUACAUUUGAUGAGUCUAGGGUGCCCAAGUUAGUCAUCCAUUUCGCCGAUGGGGCCACCUUUGAACCCCCCGUCAAGAACUAUGUCAUUAACCCCGGUGAGGGCGGUAGGUGUCUUGGCUUCAUGCCCACACCCUGGCCUGCCGACUCCCUCAUCGGCAGCUUCAUGCAACAGGGUUACCUCUGGGAAUUUGAUCUCAUAAAUGGCAAGCUCGGCUAUGCACUAGCUGAUUGCACCUAG